CCGUAUCAGAACGGAUAAACCGGCGCGACAAGCAGCAUGCGCCUCGGUCGUAUCAGUUGCUCUGGUCACUAUUGCGGUUUGCAGCAGCAUGCAUGCACUUACCUACUGCAGUUGCCAGCGUCCAAUCCACCAGUAAAAGGAAGCGCUCUGCUGCGUGAACACGUGGUUCGCGAAUUUCUUGUGCGUAAUAAGGGUGUGCUGUCGUCGGUGCUGCAAUUAACCUGGUUUGCGCGUUUUGUGAUUAAAGGGCGGCGAGUUGGUGAUUUUUUGGAAUAGCUGAAAAGCAGGUUCGUCACUUGUGCUGUCUUUCAGUUCAUGGUGUGCAUUGCUGCAUUUUUAUCUCAGUUAAUUUAUAUGUGCAGAAAAACUGGUUCGAAAGUGGAUAAAAAACUGAUUGCAAAGUUGCUGCUAUCGUGUGUAUCAGAAACUCCGAGCAAUAAACGCGAAAGUAUUGGUUUUAAAGUAACUAACUCCACCAGUCACCAUUUGAAGCCCUCAAGCAUUUCGCUCAUAGCAUGAAACGUUCGUCUUUCGAUAUCAAAGUUCAGCUAGAUAUCAACGAUUAAAUAAAACCUUUCACAAAUACUACAGGAAAGUUUGCAUGCAACCAUGGAUCCGAUUUGCCGGCUGUGUAUGGAAGUCAGCAAUCUUAAUCAAACCAUUUCGGAUCAAACGGUUCUAACGAUGGUGGAGAAUUGUGUUCAAAUUAAGUUUGAUAUUGCGAACGACGUGCUGCCAUUGGAAAUAUGCGACGACUGUUACUACACGAUAAAAGACUUCUCGGAGUUUAAGGAAAAUUGUCACACUAUACAGGACAUGCUGCGGAAAGAAAUUGAGCAGAGCGGACUUGAGGAUAACCUAGAGGACAGCUCUGUUCUUGAUCUGUUUGAUGGAGACAUUCGCUACUCGGACGUGGAGUACAUCAACGAAAACCUCUUUGAUGAUAUAAGCACGGAUGAUUUGUUUAACGACAUUUUAAACAAUAACGAACCACAGGAAGAUAAAUCAGACAGUGUUCAAUCGCCGAUCGAUUCACCAGAAUGUUCGAGAGACGAGAAGAAGAAACGAGUGAAACGAAGCUACAAAGACGAAUACACUGGAGCACUGGUUACAUGUGAAAUUUGCGGUAAAAUGGUGCACAAAACCUUGAUACCAGGUCACUUGAAUAUGCACAAAGGUAUUAAGCCCUACACAUGCCCCAGGGACGGAUGCAAGUCAUCGUUUCAUUGCAAGCAUAAACUUAAACGUCACAUCGGCUACAAACAUUCCGAUGGAAAUUACCCGUGCGAUAAAUGCGAUAAAGUGCUGAACUCGGGAUUAGCACUUUACCAUCACCGCUUCGCGACCCACCAGGAACGGGACAAAACAUGCAACGAUUGUGGAAAACAGUUUCGAACCACUCAUGGAUUAAACCGUCACAUGACGAUACACAACAAAGAAGCAAAAUUCAAAUGUUCCUAUUGUUCGAUGGCAUUUCUGCGCGAGAGUUCACUUGAAAUGCACACGCGCAUGCACACAAAAGAACGUCCCUACGUCUGCGUUAAGUGCAGUGCUGACUACAGCCAUCAGAGACUGUUGGAAAAUCAUAUCAAACGGAAGCAUCCCGAGGCACCCAUUGUGCUACGGCCUGCGGCAGUUGCAAGCGACGAACCGGAAGUACAAGACGCAAGUGUCAUAUGCGUGCAACGCACUAUCGACUUUAUUGCUAUGUGAGAUGGGCACACGUUUUAACUGUUUUUUAAAGAUAUGAAUUAAAUGAAACACAAAUUAAAUUUAGAAUAGCAUGAUAGUUUAAUAGCAAGCCUUGUUAAUUUUUAUAAUAGAAAAUUUAAAUCAAAAUAUAAGAAAAAAAUAAAACAAGACCAACAAAAUGAUAGUCUCCCGUAAUGAAAAUUUAAUGUUAAUGUAGCAAACUAUAAUUAUAAGUUAUUAUAGCAAUAAAUAAACAUACUAGCUAAAAUGAGGAUUUAUAAAAAUUAAUCAAGUUCACCAGAAUGAGAAAGAUUAUAAAAGUG